UCUGUUGUUUAUCAUACAUUUCAGAGUGUCAGUGGUGUUGUGGAAAGCAUGAAGGUUGUCACAUCGGAAAACUCUGAACGUGUUGCUCGUUAUGCUUUUGAGUAUGCUAAGAAGAAUGGCCGUAAGAAGGUGACAACUAUCCACAAGGCAAACAUUAUGAAGCUCUCUGAUGGUCUGUUUCUUGAGACAUCCCGCAAGAUAGCAAGUGAAUACCCAGAUAUUGAACACAAUGACAUGAUCAUUGACAACUGCUGCAUGCAGCUGGUCUCGAAGCCACAUCAGUUUGAUGUAAUGCUCAUGACAAACCUGUAUGGCACAAUUGUGUCUAAUGUGGUGUGUGGUCUUGUGGGUGGUGCAGGACUUCUCUCUGGCAAGAAUUACGGCGAUCAUUAUGCCAUCUUUGAGCCAGGGACACGCAACACUGGAACAGCCAUUGCAGGAAAAAACAUUGCGAACCCUAUUGCCAUGCUGAAUGCAUCAGCUGACAUGUUGGAACACCUUGGGCACCACUACCAUGCAAACAUGAUUCAUAAAGCAGUUGACAGGACUGUCAAUGAGGAUCAUAUUCACACGCCAGAUUUGGGAGGCCAAGCAACAAGCAUUGAUGUGGUGCAGAAUAUCAUCAAAUACCUUCAAGAGACUACAAAAACUUCCAACUGAUUUACAACAUUAUGUAUUAUCUGUUCAAAAGCUGCUGUGGUCUCACAGCCCCAUGUAGACAUAUGAACUGUACUAUAGUAGUGCUGGUGGUGGUGGUUCUAUUUCUUUCCUCUUAGGAGAUAAAGCCGAGUUUUUGCCAAUCACAUAUAUACAACAGUAACUGUUUACAAUAUACCAGCUUUUCAUGCUUUGUUCACGUCAUGUACUUUUGUAUGUUAUGCGGAAAAAGAGUUGCAUGACUGCAUGAAUUUGUAAUUUUCUUCAGAUGGGUUCUGAAAUAUAAUUUUCAAUAUCCUGUUGUAUUAUAAAAUAGCCAUGUGUUUUUGUAGGUUAGUAUGGGACUGUAAGCUUGGUACAUAAUAACAUACAUGUAUUUUUACUGUUACUAUUAUUGUUGUUACAAUGUAACCUUUAGAAUGGCAUUUCCAGUCAUCUGUGCAUGAAGAGAUAACUUCAUAAUAAUCAUGGAGUGCCAAGACAGUGAAAUUCGACAGUUGGAAUAACAGGAAAGCGAAUUUUCUCCUCCACUGAUAGUAAUUUUCUUUACUUUUUCCUGGCCUUUCGGUUUGCAUGUAAGUGGUCUUCCGGGACGCAUUGGUAUCUACAGUUCCAUGUGGCAUCACACCCCAGAAGACCAGCACUGGGAAAACCUGUUUUGGCACAUCCAGUGCUUUAGUUGUCUAUGAAGCUGCUAUGAUGUUCUGAAAGUGCAUAAUGUUUUGGAUAUAUAUUGUAUUUAAUGGUAAUGGUUUAUAAUUUCACACAUAAGAAAACCAUUUGUGAAAUGAGCUGUAAUUUAUGUAUUUGCAAGAUUGUUACAGAAAGCAAAUGUUUAUGUGGUGGAGAGAGGAUGAUGUCAUGGAAUGUUUAAAAAAAAAGAUAAAAUAUUCCAUCUGUGAGUGCUACUGUUUACACUGUCCCUGUAGUAAACGCAGAUAUCAUAACAUUAUGGAUUGUGUGUCAUA